AUGGUGUUUUUAAUUUCAACACUGGAAGAAUAUUUUUCAUUUCUCGAUAAAAUCGAACCAAAUACUUUAUUUUAUGUAUUACUUACAUUUACAUGGGUUAUUUCUAUUUGGGAACAUUAUCUUUCAUAUCGACAAUAUAAAAAUUAUAAACGUCAUCAAAAUGUUCCAAGUGAACUAGCCGAUGUUAUGACAGAUGAAGAACUUAAAAAAGCUCGUUCAUAUGCUAUUGAUAAAAUGCGUUAUAAUGAAAUUCAUUCGAUAUUUAAUGAAGUUGAAACAACGACAUUAUUAUUAAUUGGUAUUUUUCCAUGGUUAUGGAAAAUAUCUGGUAAUAUAUUAGCUAAAUAUAAUUAUUAUAAUCAUGAAAUAUUACAAUCAAUUAUAUUUAUUUGUAUUAUAACGAUCUAUUCAACAAUUUCGAAUAUACCAUGGUCAUAUUAUUAUCAUUUUAUACUUGAAGAAAAACAUGGAUUUAAUAAACAAACAAUUAAAUUUUUCAUUAAAGAUAAUAUUAAAAAAUUAAUUGUUACACUUAUAUUAGUAUUACCAAUUGUUGCACUUUUAAUUAAGAUUAUUCAAAUAGGUGGUGAUUAUUUUUUUGUUUAUGCAUGGUUAUUUGUUACAAUUAUGUCACUAAUUAUCGCAUUCAUUUAUCCAAAUUAUAUUGCACCAUUAUUUGAUCGUUAUGAUCCAUUACGUGAAGGAGAAUUACGUUCAAGCAUUGAAACAUUAGCAGCUAAAAUUAAUUUUCCACUUGCUAAAAUUUAUGUUGUUGAAGGAUCGGCUCGAUCGGCUCAUUCCAAUGCAUAUUUCUAUGGAUUUUUUAAAGCUAAACGAAUUGUUCUUUAUGAUACUCUCAUAAAAGGUUAUAGUAUUCAUAACAAUAAGGAUGAUACUAAAGAAAAACAAUCAAAUGAAACAAAAGAAAAAGAAGAAAAUACGUUAACUAAUUGUCGAACAACGGAUGAACAAGAAGUGACAAAAAAGAAAGCUGAUAAAGGUUGUGAAUCCGAAGAAGUUCUUGCUGUAUUAUGUCAUGAAUUUGGACAUUGGUCACUAAGUCAUAAUCUUAUUAAUUUAUGUAUUUCAUUUAUUAAUUUAUUCUUCGUCUUUGCUAUAUUCGCUGCUCUUUUCAAACGUUCUAUUCUUUAUCAAGCAUUUGGUUUUACUACAAUACAACCAAUUCUAUUAGGUUUAUUAAUCAUCUUUCAAUAUGUUUUAUUACCUUAUUUUGAAAUAUUUUCAUUUGCAUUAACGGUAUUAUCACGUCGUUUUGAAUUUCAAGCUGACCAUUAUGCUGUUAAACAUCAUCAUGGUGAUUCAUUAGGACGUGCAUUAAAAAAACUUGAAAUUGACAAUAUGGCAUAUCCAUUUUCGGAUUUUCUUUAUGCUAAAUAUCAUUAUUCACAUCCAACAUUACUUGAACGUCUUAAAGCAAUUAAAGCAAUGAAAACAGCAUAA